AUGCCCUCCGAUGUCGAUAUUCAAGAGGUCAACUGGGAUCGUCUAGUAUGGACUACGGACCAGGGAUCUGUGUUGGGUCAAGGUUCUUUCGGAGUUGUCUACCUUGGUGCACUCGAUGGCUCACCGGUUGCUAUCAAGGUUGUCAAGCCCUCAGUGCGCACCGGAAGUCUCAGUGACGAAACGAAUGCAGAGGCUGAGGCAUCGGCUAUGAAGCAGCACCGACGUGAGAUUCACAGACUCGCCGCAAUGCGCAACCCUUACGUAAUUCAGUAUCUUGGCGUCUUCCGCAAUCCGCAAUCGCGCGCCCUCUAUAUUGUCACGGAGUAUCUGGAGGGUCGCUCUCUUCACGAAUCCAUGUGUCGUAUGCGUGCCCGUAAUGCUGUUCUAGACGAGCGUUCUUUCCUGGCAAUUGCUGGCCAGAUGGUUUAUGGACUCAAUCAUGUUCACAUGCAACUGUACACGCACGGUGACAUUAAGCCUCAGAAUAUUCUGCUUUCAGCACCACUUACAAUGACGAAAGACAAGAGCGGUGCAUUCACUGCAUCAUUCCCGCAGUCGGCAAAAGUUAAAAUUGCUGAUUUCGGCUUAUCAAAGCGCCUAAAGGGUGCAAAGAAUGUUUUUCUCAAUGACAUGACAGUUGCCACUAGUGAGUUUGGAGAGGGGCCGUGUGGCACAUACCUUUACAUGGCUCCAGAGGUGUUUGGAGGUGUUGCUCAGUUAUCAGAUGCUGAUGCGAAGGCUGCUGAUAUCUAUGCGUACGGUCUUAUUUUGUUCGAGCUACUCUCUGGAGUUCAAAGUUGGAGUCUGGAGGGCGUGCGAAACAUUAUGCAGUUGUCUUGGUGCGUUCACGAAGGGAAAAGACCAUCUUGGGGGGAGAGGCGGAGCCAAAUCAACCCGAAGUACAUUGAUCUCGUUGAACGAUGUUGGAGACACGAACCAAGCAAACGACCAAAUGCAGGAGACGUUGUUGUAGAGAUCAAGGCGUUGAGUAGCUCUUUUGAGGAUCAAUCUGUCGAAGUAGUUGCUCAGCCCACACUGACUGCGGAGGCCACUCUAUCUCCUUCGCCAAAUGCUACUCCCUCGUCCCCAAGAGAUGAACGCGUCAACGUCAAGCCCAAAGCAUCUUCUUCUCGACUGGGAAACGACAGCGGCCGAGCAACACCCUCUCUACCGCCGGAGAUUCAUGGCGGGGAUUUCCCCAAUAGGCAUGGUGAGGGGGCGUUUGCGGCAUCAACUGAGCUGAAAGCAGGAGACUCCCAGCCUUCACGGAGAAGACACGGAAAAUGUGCUCAAGAUGAGCUGCCUCAGCCAGUUUCAAGAGAUCCAAUAGCUGUGCAGGAUAAAAUUCCAUCUAACCCGGUGACAAUCCCCAAGAUCCGAAGGCUCCAUAUCGUUGGGACAGAAUCGCAAAAGUUGGAGGCGCCCUCGAAGCCUACAGGUUCUUGUGCUUCUUUCCAUGAUGACGGCGUCCGCGGAGAGCCCUCUGAACCCACAAACGAUACGUACGCUUCCACGGGCGUCCAUGUGCCUCCAAAGAAUAAUUCUGCAACUUCCGCAGCCCCUCUACAAAUAGGGGCAAGUGACAAUCUAUGUCCUGCGAGACUCGAUACGCUCAAUGACGUUAGGAUGCCACAAAAAGAAAAUAGACAUCCUAGUAACGCAGUGGAGAACCUCCGAAACGACCAAGCUCAACCCAUCGACGUUUUGGAAGCUGGGCAUGACUCACAUGGAAUUGAUGACAGCUUUCUUGGUGGCGUACAGGUCAUGCGUGUUCAGACUUUCUGUCUCCCAACCCCAUCCCCACUACAGGUCCCCCAAGAUCCUGAAGGGCGAGCUACCAUGGGGACUGGUUCCAUUGAACCUAAUGCUAGACCACCCUCUUCUCAAGAGAGAAGAUCCGGCGACGAUAUACUGAAUUCAUUUAUUCAGUGUGGAAAUAGCGAGGUGCAUGUGGACGAAGACAAUGAGAUGCCCAAAUGCGAUGUCUCCGAUAUCGGAGGUGACUACUCUUUGAAUGAAGAAUCGAAGAAACGCACACUGCCUAAAGUGCAAGGCUCAUCCACAGUUGAAAGGAAUUCAGCGAAGGACUAUAGGAAUAGCAGCAUAGGACCAAUUGCUAGUGACGGUGGCGCUGUACGUGGCCUUCCUGUUGUGGCAGAACUGCCUUUACCGCUGCUGCAGCUCGAAAUUAAGGAGCAGUCGCAGUGGCCGAUGGAACGGAUACAGUUGAAACCAAAGUCAAGGGAAACGCCAUCGUCUGAAACUCACAAUGUUCGAGUGGAUGAAGAGCGGCGGUUCUCGUCAAAUGUUGCUAGACCGCAGCACCAAGUCGUUCAGUCGCAUCUACCGAGGUCGCCGAGUGAGGGGUUCUCAAUAUCUCCCACUGGAAUGGGAAACGUGGUUCUAUCACCACCACCUGAUCCCAAUUUAAACACCCAUGUGGAAAGUAUUAGAUUCGAAGAUGCCACCAUUCGUGCGCAGAAAGAACGGCCUUUGACUACCCUCACCUCGUACCAACCAUAUGGAACCAUGACAGGUCAAGGGGCGACAGCACCACUACUUUCUGAAACUGGGUACGGGGCUACUGGAUCAACUAUGUUGCAAACUCCGACGAUGUCGAAGAUUCCUACAAGGCUGCCUGGAAGACCUGAGCAUAGUACCCCAGGCUGCCACAAUUUUGAAAACCUAAUGACGAAGCAAUGUCGUUUAUUAGUACCUCACAGCGAUAUGGAAGAAGUUUGUCACGCCCUGCGGACCCCAGAUGCCGUCAAGCAGUUGGGCGUAUUAUGGAAUCAAGGAUGUACACAAGCAGUGGCUGGGGCUCUUGCGCAAGCUCACGAUUUGAAAGGAGGCGAUUUUCUAUCACUGACAUGUGAUUUCCUUGGGCCGCACUCAUCGGGCAAGCACGAUCCGUUUGUGGACAUGGGACUGUGCACUGCAAUUGGAAACAUCUCUCGAAAUGCCUCUGACAGUAUUAAACCACAGUUGGUGCUGCAGGCUCUUCGAGUGACAGUCUCAACAAUGUUCGCAUAUCGGACAACCUUCGCGAAGAAUGAGCUUGCCAGUGUUGAAUUGUACACGUCAUGCAAUUUUGCGCUAUGCAAUUUGCUGAAGGUCAAUAAUAGCAUUGAGGAUGUGAAGCUAAGGUCGGAUUUGGCCAAGUGGAUCUUGUACGUUAUAUCAUGGAAGAUAUCCGACAAUGGUUCGGCAAGGGGAGCGCAGGCAGAUACACUAUGUUAUGAGGCGACUUGCGCUGCACGAAACUUUAUGUGGAGGAAUGAAGCCAACGCACAGGCGUUUACAGAGGAGACAGGAGUCAGGGAUGCCCAGCUGAUUGAGAGUUUAAUCGCCUCAAUGAAGCAGUUUGAUUGGAAGGGCAACGGACCAUUGUCAGAAGCUUGUUUAUCAGCUGUUGCAGUGGCAAUAACAAUACCGCAACAUCGAAAAGAAUUUAUGAAUCUUCAAGGUAUAGCUCUGGUUUUGGGGGCGCUACAUGGACGUUUAGAUGAGGUGAAGAAAGCCAAGGUAGGAUUAUCAAUGAUAACCGCCCUGAUUGUUUGGUCGGGGAAUCGCAUGGAAGAACGAGACAUUUUAGAGGAUGUGUGCGUGAAGGACCAGGUGUGCGUUCGACUGCUCAAGUUGUUGGAAGUGAUGCAAAACCCUUGGAGACCAAACCAGACAAAGCUUGAAGCUCUAAGCAUUGGUUAUGGUACAUUAUUGCGGUGCAUGGAAUUGGGUGAACAACUCCAUGAAAAGAAUUUGUACGAAACGGCAGUGCAAAUGACUUCUCUGACUGUUAAGAAGCUGUGCACGUCUAGUGAAAAUGGCAGUGGAGUGUUGAGGGCCCGGAAUGAUCUGUGUGUGCAGGUUUGUGACGUUCUUCAACUGCUGGCAAGAGAGCCUAGGGCGCGGCUGUUGUUGCAGCAAGAAACAAGUGUAUAUCUCAAACAGCUGAUGGGAGACAGGGGGCACGACGAAGCGGUGAUAGGUUGCAUGCGGACAACGCUGAAUAUAUUGGAGAAGUCGCAGUAACUUCGAUUUGUGCAAGUACGAGACCGUCAAGGACGAUCUGAUGUCAUUCUAGUGUAUAAAGAUGUAUGUAUGUAGUGCCAUGAUAUGCACUGUAGAAGACACCUUA